AUGGCACCAGGCAGAAAUACCGUCUCUUUAGCCGAGAAGAAGGCUCGUAUUCUAAGCUUUUUCCAAGAGGAACAUACUGUUUACAAUAUGAAAGAGCUAGAGAAGUUGAUCCCCAAGAAAUGUGGCAUUUCUUCAAUGCUAGUGAAAGAAUUAGUGCAGAAAAUGAUCGAUGAGGAUGGGAUCAUCAGCGUUGAAAAGUGCGGAAAUAUAAAUGUGUAUUGGUCUUUCAAGAACCAAACACAGAAUAAGUUCAACAACGAUGCUAUUAAGGCUGAAAAGAGGAUCCAAGAGGAAAAGGAAAAGAUCGAAAGUUGCAUAGAAACGUACACAAAAGAAACUGAGAGUUCCAGGAGUAACACAAUGAAGAAUAGAAAAGGAUGGAAGAGGAGCGAACAACUUUUGAAACUAAAGGAAUUACAAAGAAUGGUGCGUGAACUAAACACUAAGAAUGAAGAGCUAUCCAAGAACAAUUGGACUCCACAACGCCUUAAGGAGCAGAAAAAUGAACUUUUCAAGAAAUUGGGAUGUGCUCUAGUAACUGUUGAUAAUAUUGAAUGUGUUGUUGGCUACAUUAAAUCUACGUAUCAAAUACAAAUAACCGAUCUACAAGCAGAAUUAGAGUUACCGCCCGAAUUCAACCAGUUUGAAGACUUGAUCGAGAAAUUAGGAAAGGCCUAA